GACAUUAAGAAGUACCUCGGCGAAAAUCUAAAUUCGCCAUCAAACCACCUUGUAUAAAUUCGCCUUGGGUUUUUGUUAAUUCUGUUUUUCAUUUGUAGACAAUUUUUUGGGUACUGAAAAAUGACCAAAGCGAAGCAAGAGGAAACAGCACGGAAAACUCACAAAAAGUCGAAAAAGCAUUCCAAGUCUUCUAAAGAAUCUGCUAACGAGGACGAUUUUAAGAAACUUAGGAGUCUGAAACGUAAACAAACUGAGGUGGCACGUGUGUUGCAGAUCAAAUGUGCUUUGCUGCUUCAAGGAAAUCUUUCUUAUUUGGAAUAUAUGGAACUGCGGGACGAGUUGUGUCGGUUGAAUGCCCUUAAGGAGACGUUUGCAAAACAAGCUACUGGCUUCGAAAAGCGCUAGCUUUCAAUCUAUUAAUUAAUAUUCUGUAUAUAUAUUUAACGUUUGAGACAUUGUGAUUUUAAAGAUAUUCCAGCACUAAAUUUGCACCGGAACAGAAGAAAUUAUAAUUUAAUGAAGGUUAAAGAUUACUUUUACCCCAGCACUCAGUAAGCGGUCUCUAGUAAGGGCUAGGGAGGCCCGAGCCCUUUUUUGAGUCCCGAAAUCCCGGGAUUAAGCCCUCGGGAUCCCGGGAUAUAAUUUAAUUUACGACCGAAUUAAAAUAAAACGAAAUUCAGACACUAUUGGCA